AUUUCACCUGACAAAAAGUUUCCAAAGAGAAAUUAAAAAGCACAUAGUCUUUGAAAAGAAUCAAAUGAAAUUGAUGGAAUCCAUAAGCUUUCCACCUAUGCCAGACAAUAAUGAUCAGUCGACGGACUGGGCCUAUGCUAUGAGAAGGGAUAUGCAGGAAAUAAUUCCAGGGUUAUAUUUGGGACCAUAUAGUGCUGCUAUGAAAUCAAAGCUUGGUGUUCUAAUCAGUAAAAGAAUAACACACAUUGUUUGUAUCAGACAAAAUAUCGAGGCACAUUUUGUCCGUCCAAACUUUCUUGAACAUUUUAGGUAUUUAGUGUUAGAUAUAGCUGAUCUAGUGACAGAGAAUAUUAUUCAACAUUUUCCAAAGGUUAAAGAAUUUAUAGAUGACUGUUUACAAAAUGGUGGUCAGGUUCUUGUACAUGGAAAUGCAGGCAUUUCUAGAAGUGCAUCAUUAGUCAUAGCUUAUAUCAUGGAAAAGUUUGGUGUAAAUUAUAGAGAAGCAUUUUUAUUUGUUCAACAAAGAAGAUUUUGCAUUAAUCCAAAUGAAGGUUUUGCUCAACAAUUAAUUGAAUAUGAACCUAUAUAUAAAGCUAAGUUAUUUUUACCAAAUGGAUAUAACAAUAUGGGAACAUGUAAGAGGAAGUCAAGAGAUGAUGAGGAAGGUGAAUCAAUGUUAGCACCAUGUCCUAAAUACUUUCCAACUUGAAACAUAUCAAAUCACCUCCUGAUAGUUUGUAACUAGUGAAGUGACCACCGGUCACUGUGUGAUGAAUCAAAUCAAAACCUGUUUAUUUUGACUGUUUAUUAUUCUUAUGAAAAAGACCAUUAAAUGUAAAGAUAUUUGCUUGCUUGUGUCAGAUUGUUUCCUAGACACAAUUAGCUUGGACUUUUGAAAGUGAACUGUUCUGUGAAGGUGCAGUAAUUGUGGUGGACAUUGUUUAUAUGUGUUUAAGUUUUUUUAUUUUUUUUACAACAGUUUGGUUAUAACUGACUGGCAAAAUUAGUACUCUAAGAAAUCAGUUUAUUAUAUAAGUUAAAAUUAGACUUCCAAGAAAAUUUUACAAAAUUACACAAAUUAAAAUUUACAGUAUGUAACGUUAAUGCAUUACUAUUCUUAUUUCAAAAUCUGUAACACUAAAUGUAUUGAUUUAAAAGUCAGUAACAUUAAUGUUUUUAUUUGUAAAACUGUAGGCCUAAUGCAUUCUCAAAAUCAGUUGCUUUGCUAAAACUGAAUUUAAAGAUGAAAAUAUUUUUGAUGAAAUUCAGUCUGCUUUAUCUGUUUUUGUUGAUGACUGAAGAAUGAUGAUUGAUUAAAUUUGUUUUUCAAAAGG